AUCACCAAACGGAACUUGCUGAAUCAAAACAAUGGCCGACUGGAGCCAGCUAACGUUACGUUAAAAAAAACAACAUGAAUGCUAGUUUCAACUGUAGAUAAACAGGUGUGCAUUAUUUUUUAAAGACGAUAUCAGUGUUAUGAGCAAAUGAUUCACUAGGUGUACUUUACGAGCAAGAAGCUAGCUGUUUGCGGCCUGCUUUGAGCGUCGCCAUGAGUGAUGUUGUCGAGAAGACUCUGUCUGCUCUCCCGAGCCUCCUUUCGCUAGACUCGCAGGCAGGAGCUGGGAAACUUUCUCCCUCCUCCAAAUUAGGGAAUCUGAUCAAAGGAAUCACCGAAUUGACAUCCAAACAUGAGGAGGAAAAACUUAUUAAAAAGGAACUGGAGUCUAUCAAGGAGCAGGUGGCAUCUCCCAACACCACCAUGCGUCAGAUGAAGGAAAUAAUGGUGAGAGCCAUCUACUGUGAGAUGCUGGGUUACCAGGCGUCCUUCAGUUACAUUCACGCCAUCAAGCUGGCCCAGCAGGGCAGUGUCCUGGAGAAGAGAGUGGGUUACCUCGCUGUAUCGUUGUUCCUUAAUGAAACCGAUGAGUUUCUGCUACUCCUGGUGAACACAGUCUUAAAGGAUCUGCAGAGUACCAACCUGAUCGAGGUGUGCAUGGCUCUAACUGUCGUCAGUCAGAUGUUUCCCAAAGAUAUGAUACCUGCCAUUCUACCGGUGGUGGAGGAGAAACUCACACAUCCAAAGGAGAUCAUCCGGAGGAAAGCAGUCCUGGCUCUGUACAAGUUCUACCUGAUCGCACCUAACCAGGUGCAACACAUCCACAGCAAGUUUAGGAAGGCCCUGUGUGACAAAGACCCCGGAGUCAUGACAGCCUCUCUACACAUCUACCUACAGCUCAUCAAGGAGAACCCAGAGAGUUAUAAGGAUCUGACCGGGAGCAUGGUGACCAUCCUGAGGCAGGUGGUUGGAGGUAAACUCCCCCUGGACUUCAACUACCACAGUGUUCCUGCUCCCUGGCUUCAAAUACAGCUGCUCAGGAUACUGGCCUACCUGGGGAAGGAAGACCAGGGCACUAGUGAGAUGAUGUAUGAUGUACUGGAGGAGUCGUUAAGAAGAGCAGAGAUGAAUCACAACAUUACUUACGCCAUUUUAUUUGAGUGUGUGAAGACCAUCUAUACAGUUCAUCCAAAGUCACAACUGUUGGAGAAAGCAGCAGAAUGUAUCGGGAACUUUGUCCUAUCGCCUAAGAUCAACCUCAAAUAUCUGGGUCUGAAGGCUCUGACGUACGUGGUGCAGCAGGAUGCUAACCUGGCCCUGCCUCACCAGAUGACCAUCAUAGAGUGUCUGGACCACUCUGACGUCAUCAUUAAGCGCGAGACACUAGAGUUACUCUUCCGCAUCACCAAUGCCCAGAACGUUACAGUGAUCGUCGAGAAGAUGCUGGAGUUCCUCAGGCUGACCUGUGACGACUACAGCACUAUAGACCUCGUGGGGAAAGUAGCAGAACUAGCUGAAAAGUAUGCCCCAGACAAUGUCUGGUUCAUCCAGACUAUGAACUCUGUGUUCUCUCUGGGGGGAGACGUGAUGCAGCCUGACAUCCCUAACAACUUCCUGAGACUACUGGCUGAAGGUGUUGAUAAUGUGGAGGACAGGCAGCUGAGGCUAUUUGCUGUGGACUCCUACGUGUCCUUACUACAGGGGGUGACGGCCAAGCUGCCCCAACGCUUCCUACAGGUCAUCAGCUGGGUGCUGGGUGAGUAUUCCUACCUGAGAGAGGAGGAAUCAGACCCGGGCAGCGUGAUGAGACUGCUGGCCAGACUACUGGACCAGAGACACACCUCCACUGAGACCAGGAGCUGGGUACUGGGGGCCAUGACCAAGCUGUGCUCCAGCCCAGUGUCUGUGGCCCUGGCCAGGGAUGUGUGUGAGAGGUACUCUGGGUCUCUGAAUACGGUGCUCCGGCAAAAGGCCCAGGAACUGAUGAUCCUUAGCCAGGAUACAAAGCUCCGAGCCAGGGUACUGCCAGCCGAGGGCAGGCUAGAAAGCCUGGAGGUAGACUCGUCCCUGUCCUUCCUGGAUGGCUAUGUGUCGGAGGCGUUGGCUGCUGGGGCAGCUCCUUACAAAUCGCCUCAUCAGAGGCAGGAGGACCUGGUCCAGGAGAAAGCUCUGAGCCUGGAGCCCUAUGGUCUGUCCCUGCCGGUCAGUCUGUCGUCCUGCAGCAUCACAGACAGACUGACAGACAGACGGUCUCCUACUCUGCUCUCCAUGAGCUCAGGCCUGUCUGGAAAUAGCACUGAGCUAUCUCACCAAGAAGGCUCUACCACUCUGAAGUUGGAGGGGGUGAAGAGGGUGUGGGGGAAGGACGGGUACCUGGCCCAGCAGCAGAGUGCAGGUGAGACCCCAACCCCCCUAGUGGAGCUGCCCAAUCCCCUGCUGUCCCCUCAGAGCCCACCCUCCCAGACACAGAAACCAUCCUCCGGACUUGAGCCUGACCAGGAGAAACGGCAGCUGGCCUCGUCGCUCUUUGUUGGCCUGGGGUCCCACAACUCUGUGUGUCUGAUGGGCCGAGCCGAGACGGCGCCCCGACACUUCAGAAGGAAACCCAGAGGGGAGUCAUCAUCAGGCGCCAGCGAAGGCUCCUCUAACUCCUCCCACUCGUCUCGCAGCGCUGCCGUUGACAACCUUCUGCUUAGCAACCUACUGGACUCGACCACUGUGGCCUCAGAGGGGGGUGCUGCUACCACCACCACACCUCAACAGACCUCCCAAAGAACACUGGACCAUACCACUAGCAACGGUAACCCCCAUGUAGAGGGGACGGAGCAGAGAGUAGAGGCAGGAGGACCUCUCUCUCUAAUCAGGGGAAAUGGCAUGGUGGCUGUUGUACCGCCCACACACACACAGACAGACCCACAAACACAACAAGAUCUACACCCAGCUCCAGCCCUAGAGAGACCCAGGGACCUCCCUCUCGCCUCCCACCUGCCAGCAGAGCUCUCUGGGCUGGCCCGCUCUGAGUUCACCCCCCUCUGCUCGGACCAGGACUCCAGCCUGGCUCUGUCAGCCUGUAGAGUGUAUAAAGAGGAUGCCUUAGUGUUGCUGGUCUUCAUUUCCAACAACAAUGACUCAGCGCUCCACCAGAUGGUGCUGCAACUCACCUGCAAAGAACUGGAGAUCUCCUGUAUCUCAGGUAGUCCGUUAAAGGAGGUUAAGGGUCACAGCGUGUCGGUUUGUCUGCACACUGUUGUCAUGAAGAGAGCCUCAGUCCAGGUGGAGCUGGCUGGGUUACUGUCCUACCAGAGACCCCUGGGCCAGCCCCAGGCAGCACAGUUCUCACUGAGCCUCUCUCUGAAACACUUCCUCAGGCCGUUGACUGUGUCCACAGGAGAUUAUGGGAAAAUGUGGUUGUCUUUCUCUCAUGACUUGAAGCAGAACCUUCGACUGGUAACAACAGAACACCAAGAACCUCUGACGGCCACACUGGACGCGCUGAAGGGCAAACUACACCUCCACGUUGUCGACAUCAUAGGGUCGGAGGGCAUUGUGGCGUGCCGGCUGCUUCAGGGUCCAGGUCAGGGUCAGCCAUGUCUGCUUCACUGUCGUGUCAACGCUGACUCUCUGGCCGUGUGGCUGCGCUCCCCUGUCCCUGAGCUGCCGGACUCCCUCCUCUACCACUGUCAGAAAGCCCUGACGGAGACCUGAGCCGGGCCGUGUCUCAUUCCAGGAAGUUGUUCCCUUCCUUCAGCCUUCGUUCACCUCACUGAUCAUUUUUUUUAGAAGUUAAAUGGCAGGGACUAAGGAUGCGCUUAGACAGGCAGCCCAAUUCUGAUUAAAAAA